UUUAACACAAUGUAGUUAAUUACAUGACUGCGAUUCAGACACCUUAUUAAAAUAAAUAAAUACAUAACAAUAUUUGACUCUUCAAGAGAGCAACUUACCGCUUUAUUGUUACCAAAUCGCAUCAAAGAUGAAAGGCGUGGACGCAGGCGCUGUCAAUGACUUCUUUCUUAUUAUUUGUGGGAUCUGGGUCAUGUUUUUUAAAUUUGGAUUUACAUUCGUUGAACUUGGAAAGACUUCUGGAUCCAAUACUGCAAAUAUUAUAUUCAAAAACUUAGCAGACACCUUUAUCACUCUGAUGGCUUAUUGGCUGCACGGGUAUGCUUUUGCCUUUGGAGAGGGCAGUGGCUUCAUUGGCUCCAAGUACUUCCUCACCUUGGGUAGCCCCAACCUCUGUCACUUCUUUUUUAAUUAUGCCCGAUGUGCUGUGGCUACGACUGUUGCAUUGGGAGCUGUUAUUGAGAGGACAGAGCCCAUAGGCUACCUCAUAUCCAGCUAUGUAUUUGCAGGUAUGGUCUAUGUCUGGGGUUCCCAAACUAGUCCGCGGUCCAGACACAGUCCUGGGUGAGCCGCGGGAGCAAUGACAUUCUAUGUAUUUUUUUCUAUUAAUAGCGAAAAGCAGGCACCAGCGUCAGUUGUAACUAGAAAAAUAAAGUGUAUCAAGGCAGUACUGGCAGACUAUCAGUCAAAGCAGAAAUUCACAAAUCAAAGCUAACAGAUUGCCUACCUGUAGGCGGGAUGUAGAGCGAGAGCUCCUCAGCAGCACAAAGGAAUAUCCACUAGAAAGUGUUCUGGGGGCAUCAGAUGGUUUUUAAAGGUCAGGCAUUUGGUUACGGUUAGGUUUUAGG